AGAAAAAUCUCGGCCAUCCGUGCGUUUAAAAAGGACCUGGUUGACUUUGUUUACUAUACAUUUCGUUUCGUUUACGUAAGUGGAGGUUCGUGAUAAAUGGAAAAGUCACCCGAAGCCUGGUACGACGUGCUCUUGCAAGGCGACAGUUGGAAAUACGCUCAUUUAGACCAAGUUCUUCCCGUGGAAUGAAGAUGGGAGUGUCUUGUAAAAAUUGUGGAGGGACUGAAAUUGAUCAUGAUCAAGCACGAGGUGAUGCUGUUUGUAUUGGCUGUGGUUCAGUGGUUGAAAGUCUUUGCAUUGUCAGUGAAAUUGAGUUCCAAGAAAACAGCGCUGGCAAUGCUUCAGUGAUUGGCCAGUUUGUGUCUGCUGAAGGACAACAUCACAGCAUGGGCUCAAACUUAAAAUAUGGCACUGGAAGAGAUCACAGACAAGUGAUUUUGGAUAAUGGUAAGCAACUGAUCAAUCAAAUGGGAAGUCAAUUAAAAAUGAGUCAUCAUUGCUUAGAUUCCGCAUUUAUGUUUUACAAAAUGGCUGUCAGCAAAAGGUUUACAUCUGGUCGGAAAACUAUUCAUGUAAUUGGUGCAUGUUUGUAUCUUGUUUCAAGAACAGAAAAGACGCCACAUAUGUUGCUUGAUGUUUGCGACGUAGUUCAGUGUGACGUUGUAACUUUGGGUAGAGUAUUUCUACAACUUGCUCGAGAACUGUGUAUUGAUUGUCCCAUAGUUGACCCCAGUUUGUACAUUCAUCGAUUUGCACACCAACUUGAUUUUGGUGAGAAAGAGAAUGAAAUAUCAAUGACAGCGCUUCGUAUUAUGGCACGUAUGAAAAAAGACUGGAUACAUUUCGGGCGGAGACCAUCUGCAUUAUGUGGAGCUGCUUUAAUUAUUGCUGGUAAACUCUUUAGCUACAAUGUUACCAUGACUGAUAUCGUUAAAUUAGUUCGAAUGAGCAAGACCACAGUGUUUAAAAGACUAAUGGAUUUUAGUAAAACCGCAACUGGUAAACUGACCACAGACGAGUUUAAAACAGUAGAUCUCGAAGAGGAAGCAGAUCCCCCUUCCUACACUGCUGGAAGAAAUCGUGUGAAGUUUGCACAAGAACUUGGAGAUAAUUAUAGAUUUGUGUCUAGUGAUAUUUUAUCACAAGUAGUCAAAACACAAGAAAAGCUGGAAGUUCUAUUAGAAAAACGAAAAACUAUACACAAAGAUUUGGAAAUUACAAAAUCGGAAGCAGAAUCGUUUGAUUAUAGAAAAGAAUUACCUUCUGACUACUCGUUAUAUACUUAUGAGUUAGACGAAAAUGGAGGUUUAAAGAAUCCUUUGUUUGUCAUUCAUAAUGAAAAUGAUAUGAAUUCAGAAAAACUUGAGGAGAGCGGCAAAAGUCAUGCCAGCAGUACUUUGUUAUUAGAUUCUAAAACAAAAUCAGAACCAGUGGAUGUGUUUAAAGAAGAAAAAAUAUUGAAGGGUGAAGAAGAAAAUGACGAAAUUGAGUUGGAUGACAUCGAUGAUAAAGAAAUUGAUAAACUACUGUUAACAGAGGAUGAAAUAAAAAUAAAAACUGAAAUAUGGCUGGAAGAAAAUAAAGAGUAUUUAUUAAAAAUGAAAGAAAAAGAAGAGGAACAAAAAAGAAAAGAAGAGGAAGAAAGUAAAGGCGGAAUAAAAAGGAAAAAGAAAACAUACAAAAGAAAGCAAAAAGAUCGUCCAAUUUGCGACACAGCCGAUGAAGCUAUAAAAACAAUGCUCGCAGAGAGAAAGUUAUCGAGUAAAAUCAACUAUGAUGUUCUGCGAGGUCUGAGGUCUGAAGAUAAAAAUCAGGAUUUUAAAGUGAUGAAAAACGAACGUAAUACCGACAGUGAAGCAGACGUUGUUGAUACAAACAUUAAAGUAGAGGAUAAACCGCAGCUGCUGGAAAGUAUUAUGUAUGAAUCGGGCCCUAUGAAACGAACCAAUAAGAGGUCAGACUUUCCACCAACUGAAAGAAACGCAAAGACAACUUUUAUCUCGCUUGGUUCUCCAGAUACUAAAAGGGUGAAGGUUGAACAGGAACAAAGAAAUCUUACUCAAAGUUUAGAAACAAUACCAGUGAUUGAAAAGCAGAAACCUAAAGUGGAAGAAAUGCAACCAAUUGUAGAAUCAGGUCCUGUGAGUACGAAUGUGGACGAUGAUGACUAUGUAGAAGAUGAGGAGGAGGGGGAGGUUAUAACAGCAUCAGCAUUGUUUGCUAAAGAAGUUGAUGAUUACGACACCUACGGUUAUGAUGAUGGAGAUACAUUCUACUGAUACAAAUAUAUAGUUACGAUGGAGAUACACUAUAUUGACAAAUAUUGUUUUGAUUGUGGAGAUUUACUCUAUACUACUGUCAAACAUAUUGUCAUGAUAAUAGAGAUACCUUUUGCUGAAAUAAAUAUAUUAUCUACCAACCGUUA